GUGUGUGAGGUCUACAAAGCCCUUUUUCCUUAUUUAUUUAUCUAUUCAUUUAUUUAUUUAUUUAUCUUGUUCCCUUCAUCGUUUGAGGUGCUGUACACCUGAGACAGCAUGGACGUGAAAGAGGAGAUGAUGGAAAUUCUUGAAAAGAUGUUGAGCAAACUUCUGGAUCUACCACGAGCCAAUGUUCUGGAUCAGAGAGCUUUCGUGGUGGUCGUCCUCUUCGUUGCCAUGUUCAUCUUCAUGAUCAUACUGCCCUGUGUCUACUGCUGCUACCAGGAGAAGACAAAACAACAGGCCUCCUCCAGUGUCCAGCCUCUCGAACCUGAACCCGUCUGAGGAGGGGGUACGGAGGACAUGCGGCAUCCAUCCUUCAUGUCUUUAUUCUUACGAUACAAGACCUUUAUGUCAGUAAAGUCAGUAAAGGAAACGGAAGGAAGGGAUGAAUGAAGAAGGAAUUUAAUUUGAUCCCUUGAGUUCUGAGAUGUGGUGCAUGACACAGAAAGAGAGAGAGAGUACGCCCUCUGCUGGUCAAUUUUAUAUAAUGUACAAAUGUUUGUAACUCUUCAAAUGUAAAAUAAGAGUUCAUUGUUUGAUAUAGGACAAUGACAAAAUUGUUAUUUUUGUAUUAUUAUUUUUGUUCAACUAUAUGUAACAACUUUUCCCCAAGGUAUUUUUUUUAGUUCUUACAUGUCUUAUUAUACUAUAAAUGUUAUUGAAAAGUCACUUUUUUUCAAAAUUCAAAUGUACAGAUAUUAGUAUAAGCUUGUGAGCCAGCCAAUCAACCAAAAUUAUGUUUUAUCAUCUAUAUAAAGCUGCUAUUUUUGCCUGUAAAUCAUACAUUUACUCCAUUACAUUAUUAUUAUUAGUAGUAUUACUAUUAUUAUUAUUGUUAUUAUUGCUGCUGCUGUUAUUGUUAUUGUGUUACUCUAAAAUGUAUGUUAAAAUUGUGGCAUGGUUUGACCCCCCCUUUUGACAUAUGAAAUAUGGACAUUGACACCAGUAUAUGAUAUAUAAUAUUAAAAAAGAAAUUUUAAAUUAUCCGUUUUCUUACUUUCUUACUUUGUUGGACAAUAUUAUAUC